UGGUGAGGCAAUGGGGGUCCCUCUCAGAGUCCACCCUUCCUAAGAACGCCCAGCUUCUCCAAGGGCCGAGGACAGGGAGCACGGGCAGGGUCUCUUUGAGCAAGUUUCCACGGAAGCUCUGGGGUCUUGAAGGGGAAGAGGCUUCUAGGGCCAAGGGCUGUAUGUCCUCGGGUGGAGCCAAGUGGGAUGAGUCCUUCCUGGGUGUCCAGAAUGCGAAUAGUUGAAGAGAAUCAGGAAGUCGGUAGGGAGUUCCUGUGGGGUUUGCUGAGAUGCUGGAGAAAUGAGACCUCUGUUGGGGGCGUACAGUAGGUGGCACUGGUGUGGUCAGGAGAGCUGCUUAGAGAAGGAGGGCUUGUGGGGCGAGAAACCUGGCGGAGAUGAAGACAGGUCUGGAAGCAGUCAUGGAAGCCUGGAGGGCCGAGUGCAGGGCGGUGACCCAGGCCUCUGCUUCUUCUGUGACAGUGAGGAUGGCUCGGCCUCUGGAGCAGGCGGUGGCUGCCAUCGUGUGCACCUUCCAGGAAUAUGCGGGGCGCUGCGGGGACAAACACAAGCUCUGCCAGGCAGAGCUCAAGGAGCUGCUGCAGAAGGAGCUGCCCACCUGGAUGCCGACGGAGUUGCGGGAGUGUGACUACAAUAAAUUCAUGAGUCUCCUGGACACCAACAAGGAUUGCGAGGUGGACUUUGUGGAGUAUGUGCGCUCCCUUGCCUGCCUCUGCACCUACUGCCAUGACUACUUCAAGGACUGUCCCCCGGAGCCCCCCUGCUCCCAGUAGCCUCUGCUCCAGCGCUGCCCCCAAAGGUCUGCUCUGAUCUGCUCCAUCUCUGCGCUGAGGUGGCCCUGGGCAUGACCCCCACACACUCCUCCCCUCUCUCCUGCACCCUCUCCAUCAGGAGACCCCUAGCAUUGCCCCUGAUAGCUUAACCCAUUUUGCUCACGGUGGUGGGCACAUGAAGGGACCUGUCCCAGGACCACAGCGGGUGAUAUGUAGAGCAGCCACCCGCUGCCUCCCCACAGAGGCCCCCGAUGGGCGGAGGUGGGGAUCUGCUCUGAGGCUGUCCAGGCCCGGCAGAGUGUGUGCAUGAAUGAAACCACAACAGGAACAGGCCUGCUUAACUCCUAAUAAAGAACUGGUGUCGCUUG